AUGGUGGGCAAUAGAUGCGAUAAAAAAAAUAGUAAAUCUAGAGGAAGAGCUAGUGGGGGUCACUUACUUGGAAUUAAAAAAAGAGUGGAGAAAAAAUGGCGAGUAAACGAAUGGGGAUAUGGCUUUAAAAUAGCAAAAGAAAAUGAAAACAGAAAUGACACAGAGGCUAUGAUAAUAUCAGUGUAUAAUAACGUAGGGAUAAAAAAAAUAGAGUCAGAAUUAAAGGGGGUGGUGGAAGAAAAUGCGAGAACAGCGGAGAAAAUAAUAAUAGUUGGAGAUUUAAAUGCUAGAGUAGGGGAAAGAAAUACAGAAGGGGUAAAAGAAGAAGAGAGACUAAAAAGAAAAUCGAAGGACAAAGUGUUAAAUUCAGAGGGGAAAAAGCUACUCAAGGUGUGCAAGGAACUGGGGCUAAGAAUAAUGAAUGGAGGAACAGAAGGCGACAGAAAGGGAGAAAUAACAUUUAUAGGAGGAAAGAGCGAAAACUGUGGGUCGGUAUUAGACUUAGUGCUGACACUGGAUAGAGGAGGUGACUCAGGUAUCAGCUAUUUAAAAAUAUCCGAAAGCAUAGAUUCAGACCACCUGCCAUUAAUUCUCAAUUUAAACGAAAAAGAUAAGGCAAAAGCAGGAGCAAAAAGACAAGGGAGCGAAAGUGACCACAUAGCUCAAGAAGAAGGGGCAAUAAAAAUCGAGGAGGACAUAUUAGGGUGGAAGAAGGACAAAAUUGCGGAAUACCAAGAAGUCAUAUGGGAAAAAUGGAAUGAAAAAAUAACGGAAAGAGAAACGGAGUUAGAGUGGAACGAUAUGAAGGAAAUAAUAUAUAAUGGAGCCAAAGAAACAGGGAUGAGCAAAAAAAGAAAAGAGUGUGAUAAAGCAGAUAAAACAAAAAAGGAGUGGUUCAACAACGAGUGUAAAUUAAAAAGAGAAGAAGUAUGGAAAGCACUUAAAAAACUAACAAAUGAAAAAGAUAGCAAUAAUAAAAGCUAA